AUGAGUGUGUUUCAGCCCUGAGCUCUGCACAUUCCACCACAGAAUAUGUCUUAUUUUACAAUGAACACUGUAUUUACUAUAGUGAAAUGUUCCUCAGUGCUGGUGGGAAGAUUCCCCCUGUUUCCAGUCUUUAUGCUAAGCUAAGCUAACCAGCGUCAAGUUACCAUACAGACAGGAGACUUGUAUCAAUCUUCUUCUCUAACUCUCGACAGUAAAGUAUCAGAUACAGACCUGUGAAAUAAAGCGUCACAAUCGAUUCAGUUCUCAGAAACAGCAGCAGAGGCACGACGAGCGCGGCCCGACGCUGUUGGAGGAAAAAUGUUUCUGACAGCAGAACUGAAAACAGAAGAGAAAUCCUGCCGCCUCGAGGCCAGACAGCCGAGUGUGAAGACACAGUCAGUACGAUCAUCGGUGGCACACUGAGAGUUACACAGCAGCCCACAUGAACACUUAAUUUAUUCUGUAGAUUCAUAUUUACGUUUCUCUGUAUUUAAACUCGUGAUGUAAUCCAGAUUGCAUAAAUUACUGGCUGCUCUACAAAUUCUUGCAUUCUGGCCAGAUCUCUUUUUUUCACAAGAAAUAUAAAACAGCCUCCGUAUUUGCUGUUUGGAGCCACUUUGAAAACACAGUUCUGGUCUUUGAAAGAGUCUUUAAACUCCAUCAAACAGGAAGUUUACUCCUCAUUCUUUUAAAGAGUCAGCCGACUCUUGGUUGGUGUCGGUUGGUCUGAAAAGUUACUUCUCCAGAACUGACUCAGGGAAAAAUAAUGACUUAAAGGUGGCACUGUUUUUUAAAUAAUUUAAGUAUUUUGAUUAAUUUACAUAUUUUUAAACUCUUUCCAGUGCAUCAUUAGUAUUAGUUUCAGUGUUUUCCUGUCUUCUGUGUGUUUAGUAUCUGUGGUUCAGUCGACAGAUCUUCAUUAAGUCAGUGAGUGAGCAGUGUGGAGGGACGGAGCUCUGACUCCCCCUACAGGACAAACACCUGCAGCAUAUAUAGAUAUGUAUGUAUAUAUUUGUGUAUAUGUAUGUGUGUAUGUAUGUAUAUUACUUAUUAUAUAUAAGUGCACUUUGAUCCUCGCAGCUUCGUUCCUCAAAACGUACGCACUAACAUCAUGGUGGUGAGUUUCUUUAUGUCUGUUGGUGAUGAAAUGUUCCGUCUGCACUUAACAAAGUGAAUCCUCACUGACUAUCUUCCUCCGGGUCAGGAAACCAGAAGUCAUGUGAUGUAAUAUGUUGUGAGUUAUAAAUGUUCAGCGGCACAAAGACGGACUCAUCAUCCAGACAACAUGAAGGCUUCGUCCGUCUCUCUGGUUCUCGGCCUGGCUGCGCUGCUGUUUGAGCUGACUGUCUCUGCAGUCUUUCUGAGUGUGAGUCCAAACCGUCAGCAGUUCUUGAGAAGAGACGCCGUCUCUCUGAGCUGUGUUGAUGAUGGACAGACGGUAGACGGAUGGGCGGUGAAGAGGACAACAGGAGGACAGACACAGACGUGCGAUGGCGGUCAACAAGACUUUGGUGGAUUUAAUGGUUCCUCCUGCAUUAUUCCACAUCUGUUCUCAUCAGACAGUGGGGUUUACUGGUGUGAAACCAGAGCUGCACAGAGGAGCGUCCAGGUCAACAUCAGUGUUUCUGGUCAUUCUGUGUUGCUGGAGUUUCCCAAACUUCCUGUGAUUGCAGGAAGUGAUGUCACUCUGCGCUGUAAAACCAGAGAAAGUUCGUCACAACUAGUGUAUUUCUUCAGCAAUAGGAGCUUCAUUGGAUUUGGACUCGCAGGAGAGUUCACCAUCAGCGAUGUGCAGCGGUCUGACGAAGGCCUCUACUGGUGUUCCACUGGUCUGUUUUCAAAAUCAUCCAAGACCUGGAUGAGUGUUGUAGAUCCUCCUCCUCUUCAUCUGUCUGUGGUGGGACUGAUCUGCCCUCUAGUGGUCUUCUGUCUGUACUGCAUGUCCACCAUCCUGAUGGUGUCCAUCUACUGCAGCAGGAAGAGAGGAAAUGAACCAGGCGUGGAGACGGAGCACGGAGUUGAAGGCGGUCAGAGAGUGGCUGAAGAGCUCGGUUACGUCACCGAGCAUGAUUUCUGAACCGACGAGGAUGCAUUUGUUGUUUCAUAUCAGACACUUUAUAUGAACUGAAGUGUAUUCAGACUGUCAAUCCUUCACUGGGCUUUGAGCCAAAUGCUAACAGCAGAAAUGAAAUAGGAGCAGAACGGACCAUUCAAAGCAAUGUAGCAGGACGGUCAGAGCGGCGGCCAUUUUUAAGUGUACCGUUGCCAUUGCAAUCGUUGUAGCGGGCUACAUUCUAUAUAAACUAGACAGACUUACAGCAAGUGGUGGACUCACUGAGGUCAGGUUUUGAAGGAACUAAAAAAAAAGUAGUAGAAAAGUUAAGUGUCUAGAGCCAAAAUAUGUUAAAUUUAACAACUUAGUGCUUCAUCCACACAGCAGAGAAAAGCACAUUGCCAUUACCAGACGACUGAUUUUCUGUAACCAGUGUAGCAUUAAAGGAUGCUGUAGUUGGUCAUUGGAGCUGCGACAACAAUUUACAGCCGCACUGACGUGUAUGUCACCAUAACAGCGUCUCCAUUUUCUUUUGUACUUGUCAAAUUAACCAGGUAAACAGUUAAAUACCCGUACUACUCCUGUAUUUCUAUGACAUUUGCCUUUUACAGUGCUCACCAUCUUAGGUUAGCGUGCUAAUGUACACAAACAAGGUCAGAGCUUUUUUCUGUAUUCAUUUUAAGUUUUAUGGUUUCAUUGUAUUGCAUUACGCAUCAUAGCCGUUUGUAUGUCCAUUUGUAUGCCGGCCCCCGCGGAGGCUCCAACGCCCGAUGCGGUAACGCCGCGGGUCGAGGUGGAGGUAGACGUCGUCGUCCCAGCGCUUCCUCACGCAGCGACCUUGGCCCCGGCAGAGCGCCUCGCUACAGAGUCGCGUUGACGUGGAGACGUGGCGACGUGGAGACGUUAAUACAGGCCUACCUGUAUUAAGGCAGAUCCAGCCGCCUCUACAGGAAAGAACUUUGAGUUUAAGUAUUUAUAAAGUACAGCUGGAUUACAAGACAAUCUUAAUGGUCAAACUAUGCAAAAACUCAGUCAUUGAGUUGAAAGCUCAGGAACAAGCUAGUCAGCAAUCCUCGAGUUGUGUUAUGUUAACGAAAAAUGCAAAAUGUGUUAAAUGGAAUAUUUCUAUGGCAAAACCCAAUGUGAAAAGCCAUUAAUAAUUUAAAUUGUUCUCACGUGCAUAUUCCAAAAGAAAGUUCUGUGAAUAUAAGUUGUUUUUUUAACCUGCCUUUGCAUUUAAGAGUCAUUGAGUUUUACCAAAGACAGAAAUAUAAAAAACAAACAAGAUAUUAAAAACAGU